AUGCGAACUGUGUGGCUACUGGUAUCGCUCUGCGUGGCCGCCGUUCAAUGUUCGAGUAAGUCUAUUUUUUUUCGACGAUUAUUAUUUGUUGAUCGCCUCUUAUAAACGACUCGUUGCGAACUUUUUUCCGCUACAAUCGCCCGCCGCCUCAAGUACUCUGUAAAAGUGUUUAUGAUUUCAGUUUUUGCAAGGGUGCUAGAAAAGUUGAGAAAAAGUUUAGGUAAAUAUGAGAUUUCAAACUUUUUUUUUGAAAUAUCUCCCUGAGGGUUUAUUGCUCAUCAAGUCUCAAAAAUGAGUUUUUGGCACGACCAUUUCUUCUAGACUCUUGAAGGAUACAGUAAAUAUAGAUUGAGAUUUUUUUUUUGACUCGGAUUUUGACAAAAUUCAGUCUUCACGUGCAGUCUUUUCUCAUGUUUUUUUGGUCAACCGUUAGAUAAGAAAACGACUAUAUCGAUUAAAAUGUUAAAAGGAUAAUUUUGACACUUUUUCGAUCUCCAAAAAACCUCAAAAAAAGGCUUGAUGACUGAGUGUCUUCCAUUUUUUUGAAAAAUUUUGAAAAAAAUGUUUUUUUCUAAAUUUUUUUAUGAAAAAUCUCUUAUCAAUCGAUAAUCCAUCACCGAUCAAGUAUAAACGGUUCAAGUGGAUCGGAGGCCGUUCUUAUAAAAAUCUCUCUUGGCGCCGGCCGGCCGCACGAACUUCUUGUGUGGUGGAGGCCCUCCGCAAAAGCCGCUUCGGCCGUAUCUAUUGCACACCAAUUUCCAGAGUUGUUUGAGCAUCGUUCAAGCAUUUCGAGUGCCUCUGCCCUUCAUCGUUUUUCGUCUUUUCCGUCACCCUCCUUCAAAAAUUAUUUUUGUUGCAAAAAACGUCAUUUUUCAUUUGAAAAAAGAUCGAAGAGAAAAAAAAUUGGAAGGCGCAGUGGACAUGUUAAACGUCGUGCCAUGGAGCAAACUUGUGUCAAAAGCUUUUUUUGCUUUCACUAGAGAAAAUUGAAACUUUGCUACGAUCAGUACAAUGAUAAGGCUAGAAAUAACAGCAGAACUUUUUUUCGGAACGGCCAAUCAAAUUUUGAGGAAGUUCACAAAAACAAAGGAAGACGUUCAAUUUUUUGGAAGGAUGCGGUGUAGCAAAUAUUAUCAAAAACAAUUGAAAAUUUGGAAGUGAAAAAACUAUGGAAAAUGGAAUUUUGAUAAGCUGAAGAUCAUGAAAACAGCCUUUUGAAUGCUCAAAAAGCUCUUAUUUAUAGUUUCAGGCCCUCGUUUUUCGGUAGAUCUGAAUAUUAACAAUAGAGCGCACUUUCUCAAAAAUUCAAGUUUUGAUAAAUUUUUUUGUUUCAUUUUCUCUGUGAGAACUAAUCUUUAUUAAACAUCAGAAGUUUCAUCCCACACCAGCCUUAGUAGAGAUAAGUACUAUCCAUGAAGCCUUUUUUGACGAAAUCCAACGUGAGACGCUUUUUUUCCAACUACCACUGCUGGAACUUCAAAGUGAAUGGCAGUUGCGGAGAAACGACUUUCUUCUCGACUUGCCUUAAUGUCCUCUGGAUAGCCUUCCUCUCGUUGCCCCAAAUUUCUAAGCAAACAAAAUGGGCUUUGAAAGGAAAUCAGCACUUUUCUAGAAGAGAUGUUCUCCAGAGAAAAAAGUCAUUCAAUCCCGUCGGCCUUGUAAAAGCUCCAAAAAAGAGAAAAAAGGAGGAAAAAAAGACGUUUGCUUUGACGGAAUCAACGAGCUGACAAUUGCAUUUUUCUCGCUUGAGUAUUUUCUUGUUCUCGCCUCGUUGGCGGUAACAGGAUCAAGGAAAAAACCUAUCAGCUUUGACAUGGAUUUGGUCGCGUUUGGAAUGAGUUUGUGUUACAAAGAGGCUUAAAAACACAAAAGUAAAAAUGAAGGACUCGGAGCCAUUCCAAAUACGACCAAAAACUCGCAAAGAAACUAGAUAGAAAGAAUUGAGAUUUCUCAUUCGAAUGUCAGGAUUAUCUUUUCCAAAUCAUCAUCAUUAAUCAUUCUGACAAGGCGUGCAGCAAGUAAAGCAAUAUGCCUUGGAGUGCCGCAGUAGUUGACAAAUUUUCAAGGAGCUUUCGUUGGGAAUUCCCCGGAGGACCUGGCUCCAGUCCGCCGCUCCUAUUAAAGCCUUUUUUAGAGGAACUACCAGUUGACUCAGAACAAUUUUCACGUUAUUUAAUGGUCUAUGAAACAGGAAUCAAGAAUACUUAUGAAUUUUUUUGGAAUUCGGUGUGAUUUUUCCGAAAUUUCGAACUUUUUCAUAACAAUGCUUGUUGAUUAAUUAGAUGCAAUUACUCACCUAAUUAUUUGAUUAGUGAAACAGCAAAAAAAGUUGUAAUUUUGAGGUUCCUUGAUCGGUUUAAAUAGAUAAUUCAACCUUCUUCCGUCUUUGAAACAUAGCAACUUUAAGCUUUUUUUAAUAGAAAAAAAGGUUCGAGUAAUGAAAAAAAGCAGUCUGUUCACAUGCACUUUCUAAAAGUACAGUUUCCCAUCCAAACAAUAAGAAUAUCUUCCCAUUCGAAAAAAUAAAGAUUCCAUGCCGCAUUUCCUCACAUUUUUCCAUUCGAAAUUUGAACGAUCGUGAUUUAAUGGCAAUCGCGUACCUUUUAUCCUUUCCGACACAACCCAGGUUUCUUUCAAAAAACGGCGAGAAUGCUUCAUUUAGUACGUGGAAGGUGACUCGUACCUUUAGGUGGGUCGGAACUGGAAUUGGAUCUUUUUGUCGCCUAGGGUGACUGAGCAUGAGAAAUUGCCGGUAGAAGGAGACCACGAGAAUUUUUUUCACAAGAAAUACAGGGUUUGAAAUACAAAUAAUAUUUUUUUGAAAAAAAAAUUGACAGUUUCGCUGCGAUUCCUGUUUCUGACUAAAUUGAAAAAUAAAUUUUCUAGCUUUUUUUAAAUACAUGGACAAGUUGUUCAUUUUGUUUUAAAACCUUUUUUUCUCUUUCUCAUAUUUUUUUAGGCUUGUAAAAAAAUAAUUUACCUCUGGUUCCUGUUUCCUGAUUUCAAAGAUGAUUAUUCAAUUAUUUCCUCACACUUCUGAUUCAAUAACUUGGAAGAUUCAAAAAAAUUCUAACCUUUUUUUCUUGACAUAAAGAGUAAGAAAAAAAGUAAAAAAAUUUCUUUUUCUCAAGAAAAAAAGAGACUCCCGACAAAGUUUGACUCUAUUUGUAUUGCGGCUCUCCCAUUGUUGCUUGCUUGGGCAGAGCAUGGAUGAAUUUCAACUCGAAAAGCAUCAUGCGCGGAGGCGAAAAAAGAAAGAAAGAAAUACAAAAGAUUAUUUUUAAGCUCCUCUCCUCGGCUAGAAAUCGAUAUACCGCACGGUAGGAUGAUUUUUUUUGUUUUUCCUGGUCGAUUCACUGUGGCUAUUGUGUAUUCAGAUGCAGGGGCACCGUCUUUUUGUGAUGUGUUCUGUUCGACACACCUGCCCAGGUGCACGCCGAAAUUUGUCGAAUAGUUUAUGAAGAUGGACUCGUAGGCUAGAGUAAUUAGGAGCUAACCGGUGUGGUUCCUAGAUUUUUCAGAGCUUCUAGGGUUCUUCAGAAAAAGGAGAUUCAGAAAAGUUUGGAUUCGCUCCUACUGUUCGUUAGUUUCUUAAAGGGUUAUUGAGAUUUUACGAAUUUCUAAACACUAAACUUAUUUUGAAGUACUAUUCCCGAAAAAAGCCACUUUUCUCUGAAUAUGAAUUAUCCUUAUUUAUGAAGAGUUGGAAACAGUAAAUCUUUUUUUUUCGACAAAAGAGACUUUUUUCUCUUCUCAUCCGAGUUUUGAGUGUUUUCGAACACCAAACUGACUUUUUUUGAAUGAGUUUGGUCCAAAGGAACGGUUUUUUUCCUACCCACACUCUCUAACUAACAAAAAACAAUCAAAUUUCAAUCUUCGCUCUGGAACAAACGCCAGCCGCUGGAGCAAAAUGUGAGCCAAAACUGUUUGUCAGUGUAUUUGUACACGGCGACUGCCCUGGCCGACUUGUUGUAGCAGUACAGCCGUUCAAUCUAUUGUCUCAACAUGUCGCCGGCAUCUAAGCGUGUCAUUUGUCUGUGUGUCGUACAACUAAAUGGCCUUCCGGCAACAUAUUGCUGAGACUAGAAGGGAUGGUAGAUGGGUGGUAAUGAAGUUCGAGUUCUAGGAAAAAUUGAAAGUUUUGGUUAAGCUGUUCUGAAAGUUUUCUGCAGCAUUUUGAUGCUUCAAAGAAUCUCAAAAACGCACUAAUAAUCUCAAAAAAUUAUUCUCAAAUUAUAGAGUUAUGAUAUGUUACUGUUUCUGCCUUCUUGCAAAAAAUCUCUCAGAAGCAAUCACGAAAAGAUUGCUUGACCUAUUUAUGCCCUCUUACCACUUAUUUAUUCAUUUCUUCAUGUCGACUUCCAAAAGUAAAGCUCUAGAAGCCGAACAAACGUGUCAAGCUCCAACUUCCACAAUAAAAUUGAGCUUUUGCUCUUCUUUGAACCGAGAUCGGUUAGUCAUGCGCUGGGACUGUACCGUGUAUUCACCUCACUCACGAAGGAACGUUUGGCCGCGUAAAAAGGCCGCCGUCGGCCACUAUCAAAUUUCGGUUCUGGCGAAACUCGGUACAUAUUAGUUUUCGAGAUGUUCCAUCUCUCGCUGCCUUUUAAAUCAAACAAGACAAGAACAUGGAAAAGAAAAUGGGUUGCUCGGAAACCUUGGAAAAAACGGGGCUCUAGUAGUUUAUUUUGAGGCGAAUUUGUUUCGAAGCAAGCCCAAAAGGAACGCAUAAUCGGGGUUGGCGUGUUGCCGUCGCAUGAAGAAUGCAUGGAGGGCUCGGAUUUGACUCAAAUUAACGCAAUCAAGGACGUUUUGGCAGCAGAAACUCGGCUGAGCGGCUAAAAGUCACGCGAUUUUUAAGAGUCACCUUUUCGAAAGGGAAACAUUGAGUGAAAUUUGAAUUUUUGACAAUGACACUUGGAUUUCGCGCAAAAUGAGGACGGGGAAAAGACAGAUGGCUUUGAGCCGGUUUCGGCAACAUUGUUCCCCUAAUUAGCUGUUGGCUUCUGAUUCUUGGGAAGAACUGAUUUAGUGUAUACAAGUGUUGAAGACUGAGGAUUUCGGGAGAAAAUAGGACAAUUCCGACAAGAAAUGUCGUAAAUGUUUUUUUUGGAACUUCGGAAAAAGUUUUUUCAAGAAAUACGUGUUAUAAUAGAUUUCAGCUAUCUUACUGAAAUUUUUUUUUAUAUUGAAUAUGAUCAUUUUUUUGUUCUUUCAGAUCUCACCUCAAGAUUAUUCCAUUCUUUUAUAUUGAAAAAAAUCCGAGAAAAAAAGUCAAUUUUAUUAUUUGAGCUCAUUUUAAACUUUUUUUGAGUAAUUUCUGGGAGUUUUUUUAAUGAAGUUAAUUGUCGAUCUUUCGGGCUUUUUCAUUCAAAUAUCAAUGAUUUGAUCUUGUUUUGAAUUUUUUUGAGAAAAAUUUUUCUGAGAGCAUCUUUUUUUCAAUUUAAUGAACUUUCGUUUUAAAAAUUUUUUUCCAUUUAGAUUUGAUGAAAAAUACAACCUCAAAUGUCUCUCUUCUUUUUAAUUCUUUAUUUUUUUAAAUUCUCAGUAAAUCAAAGCUCGACCAGAGGCUUCAAGUAGAAACCAAAACGAUCUCCAAGGAGUAAACGAGCGAAAACAGGAGAUACAUACAAGCUGUCGCCUCCUUCCGCAUGUUAUGCAAAUUUUUGCGUCGCUCCGUAUCCGGUGUCAAUUUGGCGGCUUCGUGUGCUAUCUAUCUGUUGAAAGACGACGUGUGGAAGGAGGAGGCCACUCAAGUGGCUUCGACACCUUUUAUGCAAAUAUUACGUCUUGCGUACGAUUUGGUUGGUCCAGCCGGCAAAUAUAUACUAUCUAAGGACAGUUUUACAAGGGAGCCUAGAGAAAUUGUUCAUCAGGAAGUUAGAAGAAAAAUCGAAAUGCUCCAAAGCCAACACUGAAUUUCCCGAGGCACCGAAAAAAAAUUCAUUCAAAAAAAAACCGUUUUUUGCUGAAUAUUUCAAGAAAAGUGUGUUCAACAAACUUUCCAUCACUUGCGCAAAAGAUACGCUUGUUUUUCGUGAAGAGUGACAGGCAGGAUUAAGCUGGAAAACUUUGUUUUGGCGCGAAAGUUCUAGUCCCAAAAAAUAAACCGCCGUUCUGAAGCUAAUUUUUACCACAUGGAGGACGCACACGACGUUUUCCUGCAAAAUGAAAGUGGGAAAAUAGGACCAGAAAAAAUUAGAGUUUCUAUGACAAUUCAUAAAGAAGAUACUCAAACCAGAAGAACAAAAAAAAAUCUGAAUUUCUAUCAGUUUUUAAUGGUUUACUUUUUAACGGAAACUUUCUUCCAUCAAUAACUUCGAAUUUAAGUUUGUUGAUGACAUUAUUGUUUCAAUUGCAGAACCAUAUUUUCUUUUUAUUGCACUCACUAACCCAAAUUUGUUCAACAUGUCGAAAUCUAGCCCUUUUGUUUGAAAAUUUUUGGGGUAGGCAUACUGAGCCUUUUUUCCUCCUCUCCUUUCUACAAAGAAACGGUGAAACAAUACCGCUUGUUCACCAUGUCUGAGCUAACAUUGCUGUCGCCUGAUGCACAGGCAACACGUUGAAAAAACUGCAGUUCUCAACGAACCAAAAAAAAACGAAGGAAAAAAGAGUGCAGGUGGUGAGGGACUGGUUGAAAAUAUUUUGGAUUGGACACCUAGAGCAAAAAGAAAAAAAUAUUCAACUGAAAAAGUUUCAGACGAACCCACGGAAGAUGAGGGCCAGAAUCCGCUCACGAUCUCGGCGGACCAUAUGGAUUACGACAGCAACACGAUUUUGAUCCGACAAGGUUGGAAGUUUGGGGUUUUUGAAAAGUUUUUUUUUUACUUUUUUUGCCUAAAUUUAAGCUUUAUAUGAAAAAAAAUCCUUCGAAAUCGCAAGAUGUGUCAAUUUUUGGCAAAGAGAAGGGCUAUAAAAAGUUUCAGGUUCGCAUUUAGAAUGGCUUAAUUUGUUUUAAAAGCAGAACUUUUACAAGAUUUUUUCCGAGUUUUACUCAAAAAUCGUUUGAAAGUCCUGAAACUUUGGAAAAUCUUCAACAAGCGUUACAAAAUCAGUUUACAGUUAUUAUCUCAAAACCGCAUCACUUAAAGUCGAUUUCCCUUUCGAUGCAUUUUUGAAAUGAUUCGGCCUUUUUGUAAAGAAGUUUUCGAAACAAACUGAAUGUUUAUAUCAAGAAGGCGAAUUUUUCCAGGGAAGAAGUUGAUGAUCUCCUGCGUGUUCGCCCGGGAGGACAUUGCCGAUAAGUCUGACCUCCAAUGGCGCAAGAAAGACGGAAACAGGAUCAUCGACGGCGAAUCCUCGCCUAGGUCCGUCAAAGGGUGCGGCAUGCUUCUUCCUACUAAUUCCUUUCUAAUCUGUUCGAGUUUGUGUGCGCCCUUUGGCUAUAACUCUUUUUCAGUUUCUGGGACCGCGAGUGUUGUUAGACUUCUUCCCUUUUUAGUAGUGGAAAAAAGGGCCUGUCAUCUGUUGCAUGAGGAGUGCAGUGAAUCGAGUAGUUUUAGGAAAAAAUAAAUAGAACGGAUAUUAUUUUUCGAUUCAGCUGAUCCUUGAAAUAAGGUUUUUUUAAAAAUUUUUUUCCUAGAUUUUUCAAGAAUUGUAUUGUGUUCAUUACUCCUAAGUAAUCGAGCUCUCGCAAUAAAUUCACAAAAAGUGAAACUUAUUGAUUUUCUCCAAUGCGUUUCAAGGCCUUUUAUCUUACGCUGAAAAAAAAUUGGUUUGGCUUCUCCUUUUUUUUAACGAUUGGUCGAAAAUUGUUUGCUCCGGACGUACGUGUGUGUGCCCCAGAACACACACGCACGCAGAUAUUCAAACAAAUCCCGGCAGUCUGUGAUCCUAAAAAAAUUCCUUUUUUUCUAGUGGGAUUUUUUGAUUGAUGAUCAGCUCUGGAAGGCUCUGAAAUCAAAGAAAAGGGGAUUUUUAGAGUUUUGGAGCUAGAUUUUGUCUUUCUUUUAUUCUGGUAAUAUGAAACUUGCUAGGAACUCAAAAAGCUACAAAACAGCCGAGUUGAGAAACUUUUGUUUUUUGACUAAGUAAGGUCAAGAAUUUGAAAGCUUUGGAUUCAGUUUGAAACACUAAAUCCUAAAAGUCAGUAACAGUAAUAGCCGAUAUGAAACCGCAAAAUUUCCAACUUUUUUUAUCCUUUUUUUUGGUAUUUUGAUCCAAGGGUCUGUCGAGGAAACAAAAACAACCGUAGUCUGCCUUUUCACCAAAUUAGAAUUUAUUUUCGUAACGGCUUGCCAGAAAAACAGCCAUUUUUGGAGAGAUUCGGGACAUGUGUCGGUGGCAUCCGUCACCGACUCGACGUAUCCAGUAGUUUUGUUUGCCGAGUGUUGUGUUUCUUUGCAGAAUAUAUAGUUGGAGGCCAAAUGCCACAGACGGCGCAAUUUUUCUCCCACACACCGGCAACGUGAUAGCCCGAGGAAUCAUUAGCUCACAAAAAAAGGAUAGUAAUAGAGAAGAAUGUGGCAAGUGAAACAAUUACGAGUGAAAAGAGGGACGAUGUUCGAAAUUCGAAACUUAGGAAUGAAGGUGGUUUUUUCAGUCUUUGAAACAGUAAAGUUUCUUUAUGACCAAAAAACGCAAGAAUCUUUGGAUUUCUUACCAGAUUAUUAGAUUGUGAAACGCAGAUUUUUCCUACAUAUUUUGGUCAAAAUCUCUUGCCAAGUUAACCUAGAAAGUUGAAAAAAUGACACCGAAAUUAUCACUCUUCACUUCCAAAAAAGCCGAAAACGAAACUUCAACAAUAUUCAAGCCUUUUUCUUUAAGUUUUGGAUAUGUUCCAUUUGGGAUAACUGAAAUGACAAUUUUUUUAACGAUCUCCUAAUAUUUAAAAAAAGACAUUCUGUUAGAUUAUAGCAGGGGAAGAAGUUUUUCAAACGUAAAAAUAGCUUUUUCGGUUGAUAGAGUGCACGAACUCCGAUAGAUUUUCCGAAGUAAAAAGGAAUUUUUUUAAUUUUUUUCAAUUUCCAGCGUGUUCACAGUCGAAGUUCUCGAGCACCACACCCAUCACAAGAAAACAUCUCUGCAUUUCACCAACAUCCAUCAAAGAGACGAAGGAUCCUACGAAUGCCACGCGAGAACUUUGGGAGGACAAGAUCUCCACAAAACCGUCCAAAUCAAAGUUCUUGGUACGUUUUACCAUUUUUUCCAUUUUAUAUGAAAUUACCGUUUCAGAAGAAAUUCAAUGGAAAGAUCCGACUUUCAAUGCGGGUGCCUUGGUUGGAGAACCAUUGACCAUUGAUUGUGGUAUCAGAAAUGCUGGAAAGGAUCGCGAAAAAGACCCACAAAUUGAAAUUACUGAUGGCAAUGGAGAACCUCUCGAUGGUUAGUUGAAAAAAUAACAUUUAUCAUGGAAAAAACAAAUUAAGAUCAAGUUUUCACGAUCGCCGGAAAUGAAGCGACAGUUCAGGAGCUCACCAAAGAGUUGAACGGAGUGGUUAGGCAAAUUAUUUGUUUUCAAGAAGAUUUUGAUUUUUUCAGGUUGUGUCCUGCGUACACAUUGAAAUGGCGAACACUGAAAAUAUCGAAGACUUUCCAGUGGUCGACCGUCGCGAUGUUCAAAUUGAUGUUUGGCGUGAGUUUUUGAAUUAUUUCAAACUUUUUGUAAUUUUUCAGCAAUGCUUGAGGUACAUUUUAAGAGAAAUAUUGGCUCGAAAAAAAGUUUUUUUCCCUUCUAUUCAUUUUUUUCAAUCCAAUUCAGUCCACCUUGUUUUUAACAUUUUUUGGUUCAGAAAAAUUUGUUUGCCAACAGGUAACUCUUGGGUUUUCUCAAAAAAAGGCAGUAACCUGAAAACAAAAAAAUUUACAUCAUAAUUCUUUUUCUGAUAAAUAUGACCGAAAAAUAAAUUUUUUUAAUUUUUCACACAUUUUUUUCUCAAAUUUUUUUACAUUAAAGAUCCUGAAACAAAAAGGUUAAAAAAAGUUGUUCAAAGUUUACUAAAGGCCCAAAAAAUACCUUUACUUGCAGACAAGCCGGAGUUCGAAUCAGAGUCCUCCGUCCAGUACGCCAUCAUUGACGAUAAAAUCAGAGAUGUGAGUUUUUGAACUUUGAACGCAAAACUACUUGCUCGGUGGCCCGAGUGAGCUUUUUUAAUCAUGUGUAGAAUUUAAGCGCAUUCCUAAAAAUUGGGAAAAUUUUCAUAAGUUAAUUACAAAAAAAGUUCAGGCCACAAUUCACUGCAAUGUGACGUCAUCUAACCCGCCAGCAAGGCAUUUCGCCUUUUUCUUGGACGGAAACCAAGAACUGAACGAUCCUGCCAAGUACAGCGUCGUGAAGGAGGUCGGACAGCAUCAGGGCGCUCAUUUGACGGUAAAUUCUACCUCAAUGAAUUAAAAAAAAUAAUGUUUCAGAUUUUCAACGUAAAUGUAGACGAUUUGCACACUUACCGAUGUGAGGCGAGCAACGGAAAGACAAAGUCGAGCCUCGAUAUUCAUCUUCGGGAAGCGAGUGAGUUUCUUAUCAGCUGAUAAAAGUAGUUUGAAGCUUUUUGAAAGAAGAAAAAAAUUAGUUAGAUUCAAUAUUUCUACACUUUUUUUCGGGACCUGUUAAUAUUAGAAAAAAACUGACUUCUUAUCGGUAUCAAUGCUUUUUGAGGCUCAAAAAGUUGUGAUAAUUUUUUUUCGAUUUUGAUCCAACUGGAAACAUUGCUGAAAAAGUCUUGAUGAGUAAAAAAAUCAAUUCUUCUUUUUUUAUUAAAGUUCAUUAAAUGCAAGAAUUGCAUGAAUUUUUUUAUCAUUCUUUUGAACCUGCACAGAAUUUUUAAUUCAUAUUCAGCCGAAAAACUAGUGAAAAUACCUCACAAACUAUCUCUCAGCGUCAGCGAAAAUUGUGAUAAUAUUGUUUUAAGCAAGCCUAAACCAAAUUUGAGUCUUAUGUUUUUCUUCUUCGAAUUUUUGCAUUUUUUUUGUCUUUUGAUUAAGUUUCUUCGAUGGUUCUCUUUUUGAAAAAAAGAUUAUUCAUAUUAAAGAUCCGCCUUCCGAGCCAAAAGUAACGCUUCUCGAGGCCAAGAAGACGUCAAUCGUCUGGAAAAUCGAAGCUGACGACGACGUCGACUCCCCGAUUCCAGUCUCGAAGAUUGAGAUUCGAUUCAUCCGUGACGCCGUUGUUGAAGAUCGUCUCGGGGUACAAAAAACUUCGUUCAAUAUUUUUUCUAUUUCUUAAAUUUUCAAGGCUGAACAUGAGGACUCCAACAUUGACGACGCUUUCUGGCGUGCUCACGGUGGAAGGUCGCUUCGAGAUAAGAGUGAAUAUUUUUGGAUGAACUAGAAACAUUAGAACGCUGAAGGUCAUUGAAAAAAAUUUUUGAAAUGCGAAUUAAUGAUCUCGCUCAAAAAAAAAGAAACUUUAUGUCUUUAGUUCUUGACUAUCAACUAUGAAAAGUUGGAAAUAUAUGUUCCAAGUUUAAAGUUUUGGCUUCAGUAAAACUUUUUCUCAAAAUAAAUGGUUUUAAAGUCGGUAAGAUUGAUAUUUUCAAGCGUUUUAUAACAUAUAAAUAUUGGAAACAUGUCAAACAAGUUAUAGAAUAACUUAACUUUGAAUUAAGAUCUACAGCUUCCUUUUUUAAAAAAGUGAGACGAGUAAUAAAGUGAACAAACAUCAGAUUUUUGUACAAAUCCGAAACCAGACCUUGGAUAUCGGAUUAAUACACUGCGUUCAAUAAGGAUUGUACUCCCCUUGAUUUUUGACUUAGUUCAUUCAAAGUACUGAAAAAAAUCACUCGCUCAAAUAUUUUGAUUCAAACUCAAGAAACGUCAUUUUUCCCUAUUUUCGAUAUUAAAUAUGCUUUAAACCUGGAAGAUAUAAAAAGAAAACCGUAGAAAAAUUGAAAACAAAUAAUAUGAGAACAAAAAAACCACUGAUCGAAAAGAGAAAUUGACCAAAAACCACCAAUGAAAGUCAAAAUUUCCAGGUGGUCCUAUCCAUAUUGAACGGUCGAAAAACCGUUUUUUCGAUGGCAUUUUCGUAGGAAGAACGCUAGGAUAAUGAAAGUUUGGCUCUGGGGGUUAUUUUGUACUCUGAAUCGAAUGACACUCACAGAUUUUUGAUAUCUUUCUGUAUUUUGCCAGAAAGUCCAAAAUCGAGGGGGUCCUAUCCUUAUUGAACGCAGUGUACGUCUUUUUUUAUUUUUUGUUCCGAAAAAGUUCAUAAAAUAAUCAACUUAAGAAACUGACGGAAUUUAUGAAGUGCAUGGCCUGCGCCACGCUUCUGGAUACGUUUGGAGGUUCCGCCAAAUCAGCGAAGCUGGAUACGGUAUUGUACAAUUUGAUUCCAUAGGAUAAAGAUUUGAUGUUUUCCAGGCGACGCCAUGGUCCUGCGAGCCUCAACUCUCGACGAACUCGCAGCUGAGCGUAAAUCCUCGGCCAGAUCGGCCCUUUGCAGCUUUGUCAUUUUGAUCUUGACUCUCGUUUUCUGGUAA